CGAAACUCAAACGCAAACCAAUCAACCACACACACAACCCUGACGAUGAUGAUGAUGAUGAUGCGGAUAGGGAUGGUGAUGAGAGCGCCCGCCACGGCCGUGUUGGCGGUGAGCAGGUGCGUUCGGCGAGCGCCGAUGGUGCCAAGCGGUGGCGGCGCCGGUGCCGGCCGGAUAUGUCGACGGCAACUGUGCCACCACCAGCAACUGAGAAGAGGAGCAAUGCUGCUGUCAGCGCCACAAUCAAGUAGAAGAGCAGGGGAGAGGCUUGGCGUGGCGCUACUCACGCACACACGGCGCCAGCUGGCGCAGAAGACGCCCAAGCCGUCAGCGCCGCCAUCCAUACCGGCGUCGGCGAGGCCUUCGACAUCAUCGUCACCUGCGGGGCCGAUGAGGCUGGUCACCUGGUACACAACCAUGCUGAAGAAGCACCCGCUGCCAACCAAGACAGUGACGGCGGCGAUCAUUGGCCUCUGUGGCGAUCUCCUUGCCCAGAACAUCCAGGGCUCGUUCCCACUUGAUUGGGUGCGCACCACCAAGUUUGUCCUCCUUCAAGCCGCCUUUGUCGCACCCAUCCUUCACAUAUGGUACAAUGUGCUCGCCCGCGCAGUGAAAGGGCGAGGCGUGAUGCUGAUGGUGCGCAAGCUGGCCCUGGACCAGUUCAUGUUUGCACCGGCGUUUAUCCCCAUCUUCCUCGCCGUUCUCCUGCUUGUCGAGGGACGAGCAGACGACAUCGCGCGUGAGGUCAAGCAGGAAACACCACGCACCAUUCUCAGGAAUUGGCAGCUCUGGGUGCCUGCGCAAUGCAUCAACUUCCUCUUCAUCCCCGUUCAUCUUCAGGUGCUCUUCUCCAACAUGGUGGGCCUGCUGUGGAACACGUAUCUCUCGCUCGUGGCGCACCACACCCCAGACGACGGCCUGGAACUCUAGCUCUCCAACACGCAACAGCACGCAACAGCACACGUCCUCUGCAUCUGUCUGUCUCUAAUUCUUCCUCUUGUUUCCCACAUCAUGCCAUGAUGCCGUGAUAUAACCGCUGGCUGCGCUGGUGGCACUGUUACCGCCACCACCGCAAUCGCCACAACUACCACCACCACAGGCAGCCGCGCUGUUGUUCAUUCAUGGUCAAGCUUGAGACACUCGACAUUUGUAUGUGUAUUGUAAAAGGAUGGUCAAC